CCUUUCCAUUGACAGACUAGUGCAACAUCGCUACUGCCGCUAACAUGUUGUUGACAAUUCUCGUUGUGUUGGCUAUCUCCGGCUUGACGAAUUCAUACGAUCCUAACGUUUGUGAUCUAUGUACCCAGCAUCAGAACAACAUAUGUUUCGAUUUGGCGAACGCGUACCUGUAUAACCCUGAAAAUUGGGACGUGGGGCUUGGCGAGCAAUGGUGUGAGUUCAUGAGGAUCAGGUUGGAAUGUCUAUUGGAGGUUUUCUGUGAAUUUGCGCCUGGUGGAUUCGAUAUAGUACGAAACAUCAAUCAGUUGACAUCAACUCUCGCGUAUUACGAAGAAUGGGGAAUCUGUGACAAUACAUUGCCGGGAACUUUGCUUGGCCCUUGCCACUUGGCUGUGAUUCGGGAAAGGUGUGUCAACGAGACAGUCCUUCACAUACGCGCAAAGUACUCCAUAUCGUGUUUGGAAACAGUCAGGCUGUUGGAUUGCAUCUACCAGGGCCAAUUGAACCCCGAGUGCACCUUCCCGUUCAUUUUCGAUCCCAGAAAUCUAGCCCCCUACGUGCUACUGAACGAAGGCAACUGCUGCUACCGUCCAGUGUCCCAGGAGUUACAGGAUGCUGGCGACGCAUGGCGAGAGGCACAUCCCGGGGAGUUCUGUUUAUGUGAAGCUGAAUAAGUUCUGCUCUAUUAGAUACCGCACCGAUCUCUCGUCGACAAGAAACAACGCAGACAGACGCAUAUUGCUAAUGAUGCUGGCGGUGAUAAUCAUAUCUACUCGUUUAAAUUACAUAAUUCUCCAUUACACAUAUAAUAAAUGAAUAUCAAACUUAAUGAUCAUAUAGUCUACAUUGAGCACGUUUUAAAUGAAUAUAUUGCAUACGUGCAAUAUGUAGAAUGUGGAAUAUACAGACAAGCGAAUUACUAAAAACAAUAUCUAGUUAAAAAUACAAAUUUCUGCAACAUGCAGCAACUUAAUUUUCAUUACCCUAGUUUGAUAGAACAAUAUUUUCUGUCAUGUGUAUACAAUGGUUAUGUGUCUGUCAUCACUUCUUGUAAUGUGUAUAUUAGCUGUAAUAAAUACACUUAUCAUCAC